AUGAACACUAUGGAAAAUACUAUCUCCCCUACUGAUAAUCAUCCUUCCCCCGACGAACGAAAGAAGAGUCCACCAGCUUUUUUGGACCUGGCUGACUCUGCCGCGAGGUUGGGAAGUAAUAUGCCGGACAUGUCAGCACGCGUCGAGUUGAAGCGCAUCGAGCACGAACGACAGCGUGACUUGCAACGAAAACAUUUCGAGGCCCAAAUGCAGGCUUUGGAACUGAAACAGGCUCAGGAGCUGCUCAGCAUCCCUUACGACUCGAACGGGAACGGUGGCAUUCAGCACUUGGCUGUGUCCGCACCGACCACUCCUCCACGUCUCAAUGCCCAGCUUGCUCAACUCGGUGUGGUGCCACAGGCCGACAAGCGUAAAUCCGUCACCUAUGCCCCUACAGUGCCGACGGUCAACUUGUCCCCUGACCUUGCUAACGGUGCUGCUACCAAUGGCUUCAGCCGCCCUGUCGGGGCUAAGAGCAUGCCUGCCAGCAGACGCACUUCUGCCAGCAGCCACGACGAGGAGCUCGCUAUCCACAUCCAAGGACUCUCACUUGCUGGUGGAGACCGUUCGAACCGUGCUUCGCCUGUACACGCUCCUGUGUCUGCGUCGAGCAUUCUCAAAGGAAACGGACGGUAUCCCGACGACGAGGGUGCGAGGUACGCGAACACCUAUAAUGCCGGGAUGAUGUUGGAUGAGCAACUGGAUCAGGAAAUGCACAAUGCUAUGAGGAACCUUCCUACUUCUGAUGAUGACAAAUAUAAUAAUAAUUACCAGGGCAAGAUUUCCACUGCUUCGGCGGCUUUGGAUUUGGCACAUAUUUCGCAAACUUCUCCUCGUGCCCACUACGCGAGGGCACUCGACACCAGGGAAAAAUCUUCUGAAUGGCCACAAUUCCCCGGAAAUCCUCGCGGACCGGAGGGCGUCGUGAACAGGUCUGACAGGCGCGCCACGAACCCCAACUUGAUCUUGUCAGCACCCGCCGACGAGAAGGUUCUCGGUGGUGGAGUGGUCUCUGCUUCCUCGACCCCUCUUAUCCCACAGCAAUCUCAGGGCCCCGCUCAUUCACUUAACCAAGGUCCUACUUCGCGCCGAGGAUCUCCUCACAGUUUGUUGGACAGCCUUUCUGCGACGACCCGCUCCGUUCCUGCAACGCCUCUGGGCAUGCCCACUUCGGCUGGAAGUCACCUGCUAAAGACUCCUGGGACUCCUCACAACCAGGAAGUCUUGAAUGGACGCAUCUCGACUCCCAACCCUCACGUCUUGAACGAAAGCUCCGUCAAUGCGAUUGAUUUGCAAGCUUCCCUUUCCCGUCUUCCGACGGGCCCUUACGACAACGGUUCUUUGACUUUCAACUCGAUACAGUCUGGAGGCCGUGAUGAAUAUGAUGCAAUCUAUGGGCAUAACGGCGGCGUCGUCGACAACACUCGUUUCAAUACUUACGGAUUCGAAUCUAAUGGUCGCCCAAGUGCCAACCCAUCUAAUGCUGCCCCACUUAAUAAUCCCGCAGGACCUGCGAGUUUGUAUUCUACCCAACAAGGAUCCCGCUACGGGCUUGGACUCCCCACGCGUACUUCCUCCGGCAAUGAUAGUAAGAUGAACGGAUUGCAUGGACCCAAGCACAAGCGUGGUGACAUGGAUCGCGAAUGUAAUGAAAUUUUUCCUGUCAUUCAGGGUGCGCCAACUGAUCUGUUCACUGCAGUCAACCGAUUCGCUGGCACCCGCCUUGAGGACCUCCAGGGCGAAAUUCCUGCCCUCUGCAAAGAUCAACACGGUUGCCGUUACUUGCAGAAGAAGCUCGAGGAAGGUGUCCCAGAGCAUCGCGACAUGAUCUUCCGCGAGACCUUCGGUCAUUUUGCCGACCUCAUGACUGAUCCUUUUGGUAACUACCUCUGCCAAAAGCUUCUAGAGUUCUCCACGGACGAACAGCGCAAUGUUAUUUGCGAGUCGGUUGCUCAGGACCUCGUCAACAUCUCUUUGAAUAUGCAUGGAACACGAGCAGUGCAAAAGAUGAUUGAUUUCUUGUCAACUCGUCGACAGGCAAGCUUAUUUCUCGCUCCAUUUCUCUUUUUUUUCAUGCACGUUGUCGUCCUCAUCAAGGAUUUGAAUGGAAAUCACGUCAUUCAAAAGUGCUUGAACAAGUUGGCACCUGAGGAUAACCAAUUCAUCUAUAAUGCUGUCGCGGCUAACUGUAUCGAGGUUGCCACCCACCGUCACGGAUGCUGCGUCUUGCAAAGAUGUAUCGAUCACGCUUCGGAGAUGCAGCGAGUCCAACUCGUCAACGAGAUCACUUAUAAUGCACUUACUUUGGUCCAAGAUCCUUAUGGCAACUAUGUUGUGCAAUACAUCCUUGAUUUGAAUGACAACCGAUUCAGUGACGGCGUCAUUCGCCAGUUCUCAGGCAAUGUUUGCGCCUUGUCGGUCCAGAAAUUCAGUUCAAAUGUGAUUGAAAAAUGCAUCCGUGUUGCGGAGACUAACACGCGCAAGAUGCUUAUUGACGAACUUUUGAACCGUUCACGACUGGAGAAAUUACUCCGCGACUCUUAUGGCAACUACUGUGUCCAGACUGCUUUGGACUAUGCGGACCCGGCACAGCGAACCCUCUUGGUUGAAGGCAUUCGUCCAGUUCUUCCAUUGAUACGCAACACUCCGUACGGAAAGCGUAUCCAGAACAAGCUCCAACGCGAACAAAUGGACCAUUUCGGCGGAUUCCCGAACCAACAGGCGCUUGUCAACAUUGCUCUUAGCAACCAAGGAAUGGGUGGCCUCGCCAAUCGUCACAUUCCACAGGGUCACUCUGCAAACCCUCUCGCGGAUGUUUACGCCUCUUCGAAUGGAUUGUACUCGAUGCCUGCGCAAGGCAACUUUGCCCAGUCGCACCUGAGCGCUCCGAUGCACAACCUUCAGCCACCAUCCAUCGACGGAUAUGUUUUGCAAGGCAACUCGAGUCACAACCAAGGGCUGCCGCAGCAACAUUCGCACACAGGGUCAUUCCCCGCAGCUUCGUUCACUGGUCUCCCUGCCUUUGGUGGGGCGCUCAACGGAUCUAUCAACGACCCAUAUCAACGCUCGGCGUUUGGAUAUGGCAUGUAA